AUGGGUGGGGCGUCGCUGCCCUUCACCCCGGGCUACAUCAGCAAGGACGUCAUCUACUCUGGCGGUGCUAGGACCGGCUGGUCCUGGCAGAGCUACCGCGGAAGCGACUUCACCUACUCGGCAAACCAGAUCUCCCCGGCCGGCAACCCCUCAACCUGCGCCACCAUCACGCCGGCCGGCGGGCUGUUCUUCCACUGCCGCCGUUGCGACAAGGCGGGCUACCGCCCCUUCGAGGGCACCAAGGCCGUGUCGUUCUGGAUCAAGCCGCGCGGCGAGGUCGCCAAUGCGGCCAACGCGACUGGCGGCGCGACACAGGUGCUGCCCCUCAAGAUCUUCAUUCGCGGGGAGAGCGACAACUACUGCGGCACAGAGCCGCGCCUGGCCGACCUCAAGCCCGCCGCCACCGCGGCCGGCGGCUGGCUGCGAUUCGUGAUCCCCAUAGAGGGCUUUAACUGCUACUCCCUGGGCGACAUGACCCACAUCGAGUGGCAGGUGGGCAGCCACCGCCCCAUGACCCAGAAGGGGUAG